GCCAACAUGUUUCUGUCAAUUACAGUUUCCUGGUUGCCAGCAAAUAAAGAAAUUCAGUUGUUUUUAACUUCUUCCACACUGCCUACUUGGGAAUGCGGGUUUAAAAUGUCGUCUACAAAGCCCUUAUAUGUGGCUCUGAUUGUCGUCUGUUUUAUUCUAACUGUAAGCUGUAAGUUUUCCACUCUGGACCAUAUCAAACCCAAAGCUAGCGACAAGGAGCAGGCGCGAGCGGUGUCCGGGCUGCUGAGGCGGCUGCUGGGGAACAGAUCCACGGAGUUCAUCGUGUCAGUCAACAGGAGUCUCUCCAAUGACAGCCUGGAUGUUUGUGAGCUCAGAUCAGCUAAAAACAAUAAAAUUGUGGCCACAGGCAGCACCGGAGUGGCCCUGGCUUCUGGGAUCUAUAACUAUCUAAAAUAUUUUUGUAACUGCCAUGUUUCCUGGUCGGGGAACCAACUAGAGGUCCCAAGUCCUCUGCCACAGCUGACCGGCGUGCUGCGCAUCAACACCCCUCACAGAUUCCGGUAUUACCAGAACGUCUGCACCGUCAGUUACUCCUUUGUGUGGUGGGACUGGCCAAGAUGGGAGAAGGAGAUCGACUGGAUGGCUCUGAAUGGAAUCAAUCUGCCUCUGGCUUUCACUGGCCAAGAAGCUCUGUGGCAAGAGGUGUACCGAGCUCUUGGAUUGAACGAGUCGGAGCUGGAAGAGUUCUUCUCUGGACCGGCGUUUCUUGCCUGGAACCGGAUGGCUAACAUGGACAAGUUUGGUGGGCCUCUGCCUCAGUCCUGGCAUGUGAACCAACUGUACCUCCAAUUUAAAAUCUUAGAGCGGAUGAGAGGUUUUGGAAUGAUACCUGUGCUGCCAGCCUUCUCAGGGAACGUUCCCAAAGGAAUUCUCAGGUUGUACCCGAAAGCCAAUGUUACCAGGCUGGGACCAUGGGCACAUUUCAACUGCAGCUUCUCAUGCUCCUACAUCCUGGACCCAAGGGACCCGCUUUUUCUCCAGAUUGGCAGCCUCUAUCUGUCUGAGGUGGUAAAGCAGUUUGGCACAGACCAUAUCUACAACACUGACACCUUCAAUGAGAUGACCCCACCUUCUUCUGACCCCACCUACCUGUCUGCAGUCAGUCACUCUGUUUUUGCCUCAAUGACCGCCGUUGAUCCUAAUGCGAUCUGGUUGAUGCAAGGCUGGCUGUUCUUCAGCGAUCAGACGUUCUGGAAGCCGCCACAGAUCCAGGCUCUACUCCACGGAGUUCCCCUGGGAAGAAUGAUUGUGCUGGAUCUGUUUGCAGAGGCUGAUCCAGUUUUCACAUACACCGAGUCUUUCUAUGGACAGCCCUUCAUAUGGUGUAUGCUGAACAACUUUGGGGGCAACAAUGGUUUUUUUGGUACAGUUGAGAGCAUCAACUCAGGGCCUUUUAAAGCCUUACACUUCCCAAACUCCACUCUGGUAGGAAUAGGCAUGACACCUGAGGGUAUUGAGCAGAAUCCUGUUAUCUAUGAGUUAAUGAGUGAACUAGCAUGGCGCAAAGAGCCAGUCAACCUUGCAAAGUGGGUGUCCCUGUAUGCAGUACGGCGCUACGGUGGCAUGAAUGAUAACCUGACAGCUGCAUGGAAGCUCCUAUUCACCAGUGUGUAUAACUGCACCAUACCGGGGUAUGUCAAUCACAACCACAGCCCCCUCGUUCGCAGGCCCUCUUUUCAGAUGAGGACAGACCUGUGGUAUGAGCCUGCUGACCUAUUUGAGGCCUGGAGACUCUUCAUGGAAGCGGCUCCUUCUUUUAUGUCCAAAGAGACCUUCCAGUACGAUCUAGUCGAUGUGACCCGGCAGGUCCUGCAAGUUCUGACAUCGUCUUUUUACCAGGAUAUCGCAGAUGCCUUCGCCAAUAAAAAAAUGCCAGAGCUGCUGACUGCGGGUGGCGUGCUGGUGUAUGACCUCCUUCCUGAACUCAACCGACUGUUGAGUAGCAACCAGAACUUCCUGUUAGGGAUGUGGCUGGAGCGAGCCCAAUCAAAGGCCCUGAAUGAGAGAGAGGCACAGCUUUACGACAUGAACGCCAGAAACCAAGUCACUCUGUGGGGUCCCAGCGGCGAGAUCCUGGACUAUGCUAACAAACAGUGGGGGGGUCUUAUCGAAGACUACUAUGCUCAGCGGUGGGGGCUGUUUGUCCAAACGCUUGUGGAGUGUCUGGACCGUGGACUUCCAUACAAGCAGGAUUCCUUCAACCAGGCAGUUUUCCAGGUUGAACAGGGAUUCAUUUACAAUGGCAGGAAGUACCCAACCAAACCUCAGGGAGACACUUAUGAGAUCGCCCACAGAAUUUUCCUCAAGUACUACCCUCAAGCCAUGAAGAGACUACAACAAAUGGAAGAAAACUCUCCCAUCUCCCCCAUUCCAUGACCGUCCCAGUGCGUUGGUAAAUAGACACUGUCCAGAUAUAUACGGAAA